AUGGCCAUAUACCAGUUGUUUUUGGAGAUGAAGAAGCUUCUCAAAGUUAUGCUCUUCUUGAUAGCUUAUUUCACGUGCUCAAUGGCUAUGGUACCUUAUCGUGGUUGCGACGUGAUCGGGCUAGUUCCUGGAGAUGGAUUUGGAAAGCACCAGACGAGUGAAUUCAAGGAGAAAAUUUAUUCCGGUCGUAAGUUAGUAUCUGGUCCGAGUCGUAGUUCUUGCGGCCACUAA